AUGAGAUACUAUUCUAAAUAAGGAAUCAAGGAGUAUAAAUACUAUCCUUUUACAGGAAUAGCUAGUGAGUGGAUUGAUUAAUCAUUGGAUGACAGUUUGAAAACAAUUAAGUAUAUCUAUUUUGAUGAUAAGUUUAAAUCACAAGACGCUAUUUUAUCGAAUUUUCUGGAUAAAGCUUUAUUAAUAUUUAUCAAUCCUAAUCUUAUAAAUGAAUUUUUGUAGAAUCAAUAGAAUUACGUUAAAUUUGAGAAUGCUUUAACUGGAUUUAAAUAAUUUCUUGGAAACGGUAUUGCUUUUGAAGAAGGAGAAAAAUGGAAAAGUAAAAGAAGAUUUGUUUCAUAAUUGUUUAAAUUUGAUGUAGUGGUAAACUACCUAAGCAGUAUACGAAAAGUUACCUAAAUGAUGUUAAAUAGAGUUGAAGACUCAAACUUUUAGGUUUAAAAGUAGUUUGAAGCUCUUAAUAGUGCAAUCUCUGUUUAAAUUUUUAUGGGAGCUAAUAUAGACGAGUACAAAAUAGAUGAUAAAAACUCAUACGAUGCCAUAGAUUAGAUGUGCUCAGAUAUUUUCUAUCACUAUCAGAACAUAACAACAGCCUUUUUAGGUGAGAAAUUUGUAAAACUAAAGUUAAGGUAAUCUGAUAAAGUGAUCUGCGAUAAGGUUUAAUAUGUGCGCCAAUAAAUGAAAAAUAUUAUUUUAGAUACAAUUAAUAGAGAAAAAAUUAAUAUUUAGCAGAAUAAAGAGUCUGAAAAUAUUAGUAUAAUUGCUCUAUUGCUAAAAUAAGGACAUUAAAUACAAGAAGAAAAAGAUAUUAUUGAUGUUUUAGAGCUUACAUUUAGCCUUUAUUUUGCAUCUAGAGAUACUUUAGCAAGUGUAUUAACUAUCAUGCUUUACUACUUACUAAAAAACCCUGAUUGUUUUUAAACUGUAGAAAAAGAAAUAUUGAGCUUACCUUAAAAUUACACCUUCUCAGAUAUUUAGAAAUUGGAUUUUCUGUAGGCUUGCUUUAAGGAAACAAUUAGGAUAAAUACAAGUGCACCUAUCAUAUUGAUGCGUGAAGCUAAGGUUGAUCACAAAAUCGGAAAUUAUAAGAUUUAAAAAGGUACUUUUGUUAAUGUAGGCUUAAUAAGUAAUUAACUGAACGAAAGAUACUUUAAAGAUCCUCUUACAUUUAAUCCUAAUAGAUGGUUCGAUUAAUCAACUGAAAAUGUAAUAAAAGAAAAUCCUUUUGUUUAUUUGCCAUUCUCUGGAGGUAUGAGGAAUUGUAUAGGAUAACAUCUUGCUAAUUUAUAAGCAAAGAUAGUUCUGAUAGAAUUUAUAAAAAAGUAUUAACAGCCAGAACUUCCUAAAGAUUUUGUUUUAGAACUUGUUAUCAAACAAAACUAUUAAAUAAAAAAUCCAUUUAUUUUAAAUUUGUAAAAAAGAUAAAAUAAUUGA